GCUGAAUUCGUCAGAACUUCAGUUCAUCACUUUUAUUUCAUUGAUUAUGAUAGUAUGACGAUGCAACUAAAUAACAUCAGCUGUAAUGGCAAUGAAGACAACGUGUUAAAAUGUCGCAUGAAUACGAUUGGUUAUCAUCACUACUUUGACGGAGACGACAUCAGUGUAAAUUGUCAAGGAGGUAUUCGACUGUCUAAUUAUGAUCAUGGUCGUUUAGAAAUUUUGAUGAAUAGGAAAUGGGGAACAGUGUGUGCUGAUAAGUUUGAUGUAAAUGUUGCCAUGGUAGUUUGUAGACAGCUUGGAUUCCUAUGGCAGAAGGCUGAAGUCAUAACAACGCACGCUAUUGCUAAUGAUAGUGUGCCAAUUCACCUGGACGCCAUCAGCUGUGAUGGAACUGAAGACAACGUGUUAAAAUGUCGCAUGAACACGUUUGGUAUGCAUGACUGCUCUCACACAGAAGACAUAAGUGUAAAAUGCCAAAGUUACAGCAACCAAGGAGGUAUACCCAUUCGACUGUCAAACUAUGAUCAUGGUCGCUUAGAAAUUUUGAUACAUAAAAGAUGGGGAACAGUUUGUGAUGAUAAUUUUACUGUAAAUGCUGCCAUGGUAGUUUGUAGACAGCUUGGAUUUCCAUGCUAUUUGUAG